GGUACGGUGCAAUUUAUCUUAAUACUAUACGAUUCGAUGCAGUUUGACCGCACAGCUGCUUGCCCACCACUAGCCUUAUGGGUCGUUGAAUCUUUUCGCAGCCGCCACUAUUUGGUCACAGCUCGCACAUCAGACGAAUUAAUACUUUUUUGGCGAUAAACCCAAAAUUUCUAUUUUCGGUAUAACCUAAAUAAUCUAGAAGACAGCCAAAGCACAAACAUAGUAGUAUGAUCCCGGCGAUCAGCAACGUACGUACUACGUCGGUUUCUGCAUGGAUCGGGAAUAUUUUGCCGAAUUUGUCAAAGUAUAAAUGAAACGAGCAAAGUAAUCGUCACAAAAAUGAGUUCGCCGUCAUCAUCAUGUGCAGGGAACUAUAGACCUAAUAAGGCGAUGAUCUUAAUUGUGAUGGUGGCGGUUUCGUUAGUGAUGUCGCUCAGAACUCAAUCGGCGUCGGCCCAGGUAACUGGCUGGCUUUGCAACCUUGAUCAUUUCGGCUACGACGAUCAGCGGAUUCUUUGUGUAUACCGUCUGAUCGACAACAUGGUUGGGGAUAGGCGGCCGGUGAACAAGGGCGCAUGGUACAAGAACGAGGACUACGUCGACGGCUCGAUCAUCUACGGUUACCGGCGGCGGAUGAGGGCUCGUCGGGCUGCCUCUGUGAUGCCCAGGAUGUCCUCGAGAACGUAUAUUGCCAUCGCCGGAUUGGAGGUCAGGCAUGGGGAGAUGGCUGUUUUCUGAGGUUUGAGAUUUACCCGUUUGAAGUUGUUGAACAAUUACCUAUGGUGAAGAAACAUGAUUAAUGGUACAACCCACAAUAUUGCGUGCAAAACAAAAAUAAUGAAGUCAAAUAAAUGGAUGGGGGCAUGGCGUAGUUGAGGACUCAUAUCAAUGUCAAUUUCAUUCGUUAGAAAGAAGAAGCCAAAAUCAAAUAAUGUAAGAGAU